AUGGGUAAGCGCGGUCAGAAGCGGGCGCUGGACAGUGGCGAGGAAGUCCCAUUGCGUAGCGAUGAGCUGCGGCCGCCAGAGGAGUUGCCAGAGCGGGAGGCAGCCGCAGUGCGUGCCGCGCUGGAACGCUGGCGAGAGCUCAGGAUGCGGGCGGAGGUUCUGAGACCGAUGCUCGAGCAUGAGGACCGCCUCAUGCAGGACAUCCUGGAUCGAGGUCUCGGCAGCGAAGACCGGAAGACCCUGCGAAAGCUUGCCAGUGUUGGUGCGAGGGACGCAGAGGCAGAGGCUGCACAGGUCGCCGAAUCUGUGGGCCAGGAACGCCAGCGCCUCCAGGAGAUUCUGAUGCAAAAUCAUCGGGAGCUGCUGGAGCUGUCCACCACCACCACGCCGGAUGAUAAGAAGGAGCUGAUAGCGGAGAUGGACGGCGUGCUGGAUGAGCUGAAGAAAGCCCAGGAUGCCGUGCACGUCGAGCUGUUAGCCACCAAGGACAACCUCUAUGCAGGACAUGUCUGCCGUCCGCGCCUAUGGCCGUUCCUUGAACGACUUGAAGGCGCUCACGCGGCGUCUGGACUGCGAGCGGAGGAGCUUGACCAAAAAUUCAGUUUUGGCGACUCUGCUGGUGACAGUCUGCAGACGGAUACUGCCAGUGCGGCAGAUCGAUCCUUCCGAGCUGACGAACAUUCCGGCACCUUGGAUACUUGCAAAUCUUGGAUUUCUAUUUUUUCUCCGAUGCGAGCCUCUACUGCUUCGGCGAGCACUUCUCUGGGCCAAACUGGUUCACUCGGCUGA